CAAUUGUGCAACUGUCACUCGGGUCAGGUGGCAGGGUCAUCGUUUCACACCAAAACCCUUAUUUGUAAUGGUGUUUUGCACAUAAGUGCAACAUAUUGUUUUAUUCAUGCUUCUCUUUCUCUCUCGGUGUCUAUACCCACUGUUCGGCACCAAUAAGCUGCAGCCGAUGAACUGAACUAGAAGGAAGAAAGAACUGUGGAAAAAACCAUCUUCCUCGUCUGUAAACUCCAUGAAAUAAUGGAGGUUUGUGGCCAAUGCAUGGUGCCCAUGGCGAAUAGACUUCGAAAUGCCAGCCGGAGAGAUUUUUGCUGCCGAAAAAGAGCGUGCUACCGAUAUCUAUUGCUGACGAGGGAGGCGAUUUUUUUCGCGAUAAAGAACCACAGAGGGAUGAAACUAUGGCAAUUGUGGCAGCAAUACAGGCCAUGAUUAGGGACAAUAAUAGCACUGGAUGGAUUGACUGAUUUUCGCCUGUAGGAACUUUUCUUCCCAUGGCUGUGAUUUUAACAAAAUAAAUAAAUAUAAGAAUGUCUUGCUCUGUUUCUUAUUUUUGCUUCUCUUUUCAAGGAAUACAAUGUUCAAAACCGGUUGUACCGGAUUGCUUUGGUUGAUUGUACUAGACAAUAGAGAUUGCAUAUGAAAUGGUAUUUUUUUCUGAUUUUCUUUGAUCUCUAUUGGUAUUGAAAACAGAUUGCUAGAUUUGAGGACUGGAAGGCCAAAACUAGAGGCUGACAAUCAUUGUUCUUAUUUUGGAUUUUGAUGAAAUUGAACAAGAAGACCGUCUCAAUUGAAUUGAAGAACAACAUUGUUGUUCAUGGCGCCAUCACGACUUGUACACACACACGCUCUCUCUCUCUCUCAUCCCAGCUUCAUUUAAUUUAUAGGGUUAAACCCAAGGUUAUUGUAUCCGACGACCAUUUUUGUUGAUCUGUUAGAUCAAGCCCUUAAUUUUUAUCUUAUGGACUUGAUGUGAAGCUUAAUAUCCGUAACACCCAAUCCCACUAUACUAAUAUUGAGAAAUAAAAUUUAGGCAACCACUUUACGUAGGCAAUAAUGCUGUUAAUGUGUCUAUUGUAUUAAAAGAAAAACCCAUCCUAAAAAUAUUUUACUUUGGAUCACUUUUUAAUAAAAGUCACACGCGUGCGGCACUCCGACUCACUACCAUGCAAUAUUUACAUAACACAAAAACUAUUUUUAAAGUGUUGCUUACUCAGCAAAAAGGGAGAACAAAGAUAUUUACAUUAUAUACAACCCAAAAGAUUUUUAAAAAAAAAAUACCAGAAAUUGACAUGAGUCCUCCCCCAACAACUCUUGACUGGACUUCUAGUUUCGGCAGUGGACUGCAAGCUUGUGUACAAUUUACCUAAAAAGAUUUUCAAGGAAAUUCUUCAAUGAGUACACAUUAAAUAUUUUCAGAAAAUAGAGCAAAGAAAGUAAUGAGACACCCUUGCUCAUCGAUAGGAAUCUAUUAUUCACGAUUCCAUAAUUUAUUCCCAAUAACCUAUUCUGUUGCCCUACAAUCUCACAUAGAGAUAACUGUCUCGCCACCUAGGCAACAAAACUCAACACAACUUAUCAUCAUAUCGAUAUAAGUUUGUUACUUAGACAACUCAAACGAAAAUAUUUAUCUUUUUAUUCGUCUUCUAGACAACUCAUGGCACAACAAUAAUUUCAGUUCCCGCCACUUAGACAAAAUCUACCAUAACUUAUCUCAGUCACAAAGACAAACUCGAACACUUGCUUUAAUUUAGUCACAUAGACAAUCUAUUCUAACAAUUGGUUUUCAUCCCUUGGAUGUCUUGACUAUCCAAACAAAUUACUUCACUUAGACAUCCGAUACUUAGACGUCUCAAUCCAUUUAGUUUUUCUUUUUACAUGUCACACAGACAACUCAAUCAUAAUAUUGGAGUCCGUCACGAUGACAUCUCUUUUCCAUCGUAGUACUAUGACACUUAAGCCAUUGAUUCACUAUAGGACUCAUAAGAUAGACAGUCACACGUAUAAUUAAUCAUUUAUACAUAGAUAAAACAAGGAUUAGUGUACUUACCAAUCUGGAACAAGUGAGGAUAAUUGGUUCGCAUGACUUCCUCGGCUUUCCAAGUUGUUUUUUCGACCGUUUGGUUCUGCCCAAGGUUCUGAGUAUCGGCCGAGUCGUAUCCGCCUCAGCCAUCACCGAUCCGAUACUGCUACACAGUACGCGAAUAAUACAAGACUCAAGCGAAUCGGAGUUGACUCGGUCACGACUCAAAGGUAUCAGUUGAAAUCGGAGUCGAAUUGUUUGAGUCGGACCGAGUCAUCAACAGAUCAAUGUAAAAAACCAAUAAAAAAGAGAAGGAGAGGAGAAGAAGACCAAUUUCACAUUCAGAUUUACAGACCCAAAGAUGCAGAAACCAAAGUAGAAGAAAUCAACAAACCCUAAAAUAAAAAUUGAAAGGAUUUGCAAAAAAAUUUGUAGAUCCUGUACAUACAACGAACCAGAUCAGUCCAGCCCACCCAAAGUCUCCCCCUCUCAGUCUCUUUCUCUCACUCUAUCGUUUCGCGCCUCUCUCUCUCUUUUUCUUUCUCUUUCUAUUUCUCUUUCUCUGGUUUUGUUCAUCGCUACCACAGUAAGAGCGACUGAGUGAGAGGUGAGAACUUAUUCUCAAUUUAUUUUAUACACAGAUAUGCUUUUUUUCGUUUUUUUAUAUUGUGAACCUUUAAUCCUCUCCUUAUACAUACUAACACAUUUUGUUUUAAUAACAAUAAAUUGAUGUCACAUGCUUGCGACCCAAUUAAUUCCACAUGCGCUAACGUACAUAAAAUAACAAAUUCAUAUUAUAUGCCAACAUUCCUAUUUAAUUUUUCAUACUUAAAUAAAACAAUUCUCCCUAUAGUCAUUAUUUAUACUUUAUUUCUGAAUAUUAAAAUAUUCAUCGUUUGGGUUCAAGUCUCAUAUCAUUACUCUUAAUUAAAUAUUGAUUGUCAAUCCUACACAUGCAUAUCACAUGUGAAUAUGCUUGCUACAAAUAUUAUAUGUUUCUCAUGCGUGUUCGGGUCUUAUAAUAUCUACUUAAUUUUUUGGCACUUCCAGUCUUAGUGUGUCAAAAUCAACAACUACUGCUUCUCCACUCGUUUUGUGGCACUACCAAUUUAUCAACAUUGUAUGUUGAUGUUUGAUUUAGCUCAUAUAGUUUGAUUAGUGCUUGUGUCAUGUGUUAAUCGAGUCAAUUCAUUCAUUUCAGUCACCAACUCAUCAUGAAUUGUAUAAAUUGUGAUUGUGUGGAUGUUGUUUACUGCACUUGGUUUUUGUUUGCCAUAUAACCUGUCUUACUCAGUUAUGCCCUUAUAUUUUUACCAAAAUGGGAAUGAUUAAAUGUUUAGAAAAAUAAGAUUACGUUGUGAGUAGUUAUAAGAAUUUCAUGCGAAUGGAUUGUCAAUAUCUCAAUUGUAUGCAUAGUUAUAAGAAUUUGUCACAUAUUGAAAUUUGUUUGUUAUAUGCUGAAGAACAACCUUGAGGCAAUGAGUUGGCCUAUAUACAGACUGACUAGGAUGAUUUGUAGAGGUAUUUUAUAUAAUUACCCUUUAGUUUCAAAUGAUUUGCAUGUGAUGUUCAAGGUAAUCAAAGUUUUUUGAUGGGUCAGCUGCAUAAGUCUUGAACAAAUUUUAUGAUAUUGCUUUGGAGUGAAAGCUCCAGCUGUGGUCCAUAUUUAGUGGCCUCUAUCAUUCUUAAUAUCUUAUUUUCGACAAAUCUGUAUGUGGGUGUGAAGUGGAAGGAGUUGAGUUGGAGCCAGAAAGCUUCAGCAAAAGCUGAGGCUGCGGCAGCCCUCUCAUGCUCAGGCCAUGGGAGAGCCUAUUUGGAUGGUUGCUUGUUGAUGGAAAAGCUAUUUGUGAGUACAAUUCAUGCUUCUAAGGCUCUGAUUGCUCUGCUUUCUCAUUUGAUUGUGUUGCGGAUGCAGACAGGUUACAUCUCUGUGUGUGUGUGUUUGUGCGCUUGAGAGAGAUAAAAGCCUUGGCCACUAUUUGGGUAUUGGCAGAUAGAGGAUGAAAGAGUGGUUAGUGAAGUAAAAUUAAUUACUAAUUCAAUUUAGAGAAUUAGGAAGUUUUUGCCAAAUUUUUUUUUUUUGUUAUGCUAUUUGAUCACAAUCUUUCUCCAAAACUCAUCCUAUACAUUCAUGUUUGGAGAUAUGGUAGGCUAAAGUAUGACUGAAAUAUAUAGAGUGAAUCUUUUGCUACUAUUGAUAUAGUCCAUUAAAAGACAGAAAGUGUAUAGAAGAGAUACAAACAAAGAACUUAAACAUAACAUCUUUUUCUAGGCCUUUCAUAUCUGAUUAAGGUGUACGUAUGUGCCUUUAUACCAUAGCUUCAUUAAUAAUUAAGGUGCAAAAUGUUGGGUUGUAUGUUCACCUCUGCAUUGGACCUUAUGUUCGUGCCGAAUGGGAAUUUGGGUAUCUUCCACUCUUCCUUUUGGUUGCUUUCUUAUUUUUUCUUGUUCUUUUUGGUAGAUCUCUGUGUUGUGUUACUCCCUUUAUUUUUACAUUUCAUAGUAAGUACUGCUAUUGAUUUUGUGUUUUUAAUUCUCGAUACUAACAUUUUGUUUUGAACUCCAUAGCAUAUGAGAAGUUGAAUUGCCGUCUCAUUCUCUUUGCUGACUGAUGCAACAUUGGAUAUUGGCUCGCGUCAUGUUACUUGAUGCCUAGACAAUGACACAAUGUCAGCUAAAAAUUCUAGAGCUGCUAUUGAUUCUGAAGCUUCAAUACCCUUUCUAUUUUCACAUGACUGUGGUGCACUCGGAUUAAAUUAUGCUCCAGUUAUGCAAAAUUUGUACAGUGAAUACUACUCUUAUUUUCCCCAGAACAAAAGCUUCAAUAAUCCGAAUGAUAUGAUUUUUUGCCUAGGAAAUAGUUUCCUCAGUAAAAAAAAAAGUGCCUUGUCGGGUAAUAGUG